AUGGUCAAGAGCAAGUCGCUUUCAGCCAAAGACAUCUGGGAGAAGUUGAAACAACACCACGAAGGGAACGCCGAUCCGUUCAAGAUUCGCACGCUACUCUACGAGAUUUCGAAUGCUUCGUACGAUGAGGACACCAACCUCGGCGAGUUUCUCAAGGACAUCACGGACAAGGUCGAUCAACUCGAAGAUCUCGGCCAGAAGUUCAAGGAUGAAGCCAUCGUCGCGUUUAUGCUUCAAGCUCUACCUCCCUCAUACGAGAUGCUCAAGCAAGCUAUAAAGCUCAGCGAUAAGUGCUCGGUUGACUACGCCGUCAAUCGACUUACCGACGAGUACAGUGAACGCAAGCUCACUGGCAAGUACGACAAGUUACUCAAGAACGCGGGAGCGUUAGCGGUUCGCGAAGGCACGCAAGUCAAGCGUGAUCCGAACUGCAUUUGUCGUGGUUGCAAGGGAACCGGUCAUUACCAAAUCGAUCCGGAAUGUCCCAAGUACGAUCCGAACGCCAAACGCGGUCGUAACAAGAACCACAGCAACAAGAAGAAGAAGCAACAUCAGCAUUCCAAGGGAUCUGCGGAUUCGGAGGAGUCGGCUUCUUUUGCGUUGGUGGUCAAGUCUCUCGAGGAGAGCCAUUCGCUUCACAUCAACGUCGCGAAUAGGGUGUCACAGAACGACCAGAGUGAGAUCUGGAUCCUGGACACCGGUGCAAGUCAGCACUACGUCGGCAACGCAAGUCUGCUUACCGACCGUCAACAUGGAAGUCUGAACGUUCAAACCGCGAGCGGUCAGGUAGUACAUUGCGACACGUAUGGUACGGUACGGUUCAAGUUGAGAAGCGGGGCCUCGCUCUCACUUUCGAACGUCUACCAUCUCCCGGGCGCUCCGGUGAACCUCGUCUCGACUCGUGCUUUAUACCGAUCAGGAGCUAGUUGCGGAUGGGAAGAUGGCAGGGAUGUCAUGACGAUCAAGAUCAAAGGGCUUACCGUAGCGAAGACGCUGAACGGUACCGGUUACACCCUCGACUUUACGCGCAUUGUCGAGGACCAAGCUCAUGUUGCAACUCGUGCGACAGUGGGAGCGCCUUUGAUGGAAUGGCAUCGUCGCUACGGCCACAUCGCCGUGAGCUCGCUCAAGGAGCUCGUCAAGUCAGGCGCUGUAGAUGGACUAGUUCUCACCGACGAGAAGGUCCACGACUGCGAGCCCUGCAUCAGUUCCAAAUCUCGCGCAUCGAAGUUCUCCGAGUCGGUUACCCAUGUCACCGACGUCCUUCAACGCGUAUUCAUGGACAUCGGAUUCGUCGCAGAAGAUCAAGUCGAUUUUCAAGGUCGAAAGGCGUACCUGGCUAUUGUAGACCAGUACUCGACUGCGAAGUGGACGUUUCCGUUGAAGACCAAGUCGGCCGAAGAAGUCACUCGCGUAUGGAUCGCAUUUCGACAAGGUGUCGAGAAGAUGACUGGUCGCAAAAUCAAGCGCGUUCGCACGGACAUUGGCAACGAGUUCACCAACAAGCUCAUCGGCGCAGAUUUCCAAAGUCAAGGAAUUCUCCAUGAGACCUCAGCACCGUACACCCCGCAACAGAAUGGAACGGUUGAACGCUUCAACGGCUCGUUGAUGGCGAUCGUUCGUGCGGUCCUUGCAGCCUCCAAGCUGUCCUGGAAGUACUGGUCUUAUGCGAUGGAGUACGCCACGUUCGUCGCGAAUCGGGUCCUACACUCCAAGUUGGAUGGCAAGACGGCUUACGAAGUUUUCUACGGAAAAAAGCCCAAGGUCUCGCACUUUCGUCCAUUUGGAUCGACCAUCUUCGCGCAAGUCCCCAUGUCGAAACGCUCUAAGCUCGAGCCGACUUCAGUCAGGGGAACGUUCAUCGGGUAUGACAACGAGUACAACUAUCGCGUGCUCGUCGACUCCGAUUCGGAACACAAGGUGAUCAUCACACGCGACAUCGCGGUCUUGAACCUACAACCAGAGGAGGUCCGUGCACCGGAGGUCACGACUUUGCUCGAGGGGCCAGAUGAAGAUGAGGGUCCCGUCUUGGAAGGCAACGACGCCGGAGACGAACUUCAGGAUGAGGUUGCUGGAGAUCAGAUAGCCCCUGCUCGUCCGAACCGUCCUCGUUGGGAAUACGGAGAUCCCGCGGUUAGGGGUCGAAACCCAGGCAGGUUUGAGGAGAUCGACGCAGGCAACGAGAUUCAUCAGCGUACUCGUGGCCAAAGGCGCAUCGCGGAACAACAAGGUCUCUUCGUCACAGAGAUACCCGAACUCGAUCCCGAACCACCCAUCAUGUCUGGCUAUGCGAUGAUCAGCACGGAUCGUCCGGCCGUACCCAGCAGCUACGAAGAAGCGAUGAACAGUGCCGAAGCGGACAAGUGGAAGGAAGCUAUCCAGGACGAACUCAAUGCGAUGGAUCGUCAUCAAGUCCUUGCAGACUCGGAUCUUCCCCACGGUGCUCGCGCUCUCGGGUCGAAGUGGGUUUUCGCUCGUAAGGAGAACGCUCAAGGAGAAGUCAUUCGUUACAAGGCUCGAUUGGUCGCGCAAGGUUUUGCACAGCGAUCUGGCAUCGACUACAACGAGACUUUCGCUCCCGUUGCUCGCUCUACGACGAUUCUCUUUCUCAUCGCCAUCGCUGCAUCCCAAGGACUGUGCCUCGAACAAUUCGAUUACGACUCAGCGUUUCUGAACGGAACGAUGACGGAGAUGGUCUACAUGAAGUAUCCCAAGGGUUGGGAUCGUCCUCAGCUUGGCCAAGUCCUUCGUCUUGUCAAAUCAAUGUAUGGAACGAAGCAAGCUCCUCGAGAAUGGAACUCGGCAGUCAACAACCUCAUGGUCGCUUGUGGUUACUCGCGAUCUGACGCCGAUUCAUGUCUCUACGUCAAGCGUGUCGAGGAGAUGUUCGUCUACAUUACUCUCUACGUCGAUGAUGGACUCGCUGCCUCGAACGAUCAGAUGUUUCUGGAUUCGGAGAUCCAAGCUUUCAACAAGGUGUACCAACUCAAGCGACUUGGUCCUGUGAAGGUGUUUCUCGGUCUCGAAUUCCUGCGCACGUCCAAGUUCAUCUUCGUGCACCAGUCCAAGUACAUCAGGAGCCUCGUCGCUACGUAUGGCGGAGAUCACGGAUCGAAGCACCCAGCGAAGGUCCCGAUGGAGCCCAGGUCGAACAUGGAACACUCGACGGAGCCGUUCGACGACAUUGCACUCUACCAGUCAGCAGUGGGAGCUUUGCAGUAUGCUGCGCAUCGUGCUCGUCCCGACAUCGUCACUUCGGUUCGUGCAGCAGCUUCCAAGGUUUCAGCUCCUACCCAGGCCGACUGGAUCGCGGUGAAGAGGAUCAUCCGCUACUUGCAAGGUACCAUUGACUGGGGACUCAAGUACAACCUCGAGGGUUCCACCGUGUUCGAACUCUACUCAGAUGCCUCGUGGGGAGACGACAUGUUGACUGGCAAGUCGAUAGGAGCGUUCGUCUCGAUCAUGGCAGGCGCAGCAAUUUCUUGGCAGAGUAAGCAGCAAUCGAUGGUUGCGACUUCGACUACUGAGGCCGAGAUCUUGGCUGCUUCUGCGGCAGCAAAGGAGGCCAUGUGGCUUCGACGCCUGGCUGCGGAUCUCAAGAUUCAACAACCUGGAUCUACACUUCUCUGGGAGGACAAUCAGGCGGUGAUAGCGAUCGCACAGAACCCGGCUCAUCAUGGUAGGACGAAGCACUACAGUGUGCAUCACUUCUACAUUCGCGAGCGAGUUACGAUUGGCGACAUUCGAAUCAAGUAUUGCAAGACAGGAGCCAUGACUGCGGAUCUUCUCACCAAGCCGCUCGCUCGCAACUUGUUCGAACUUCAUCGUGAUGGAUUGGGGAUGGUAUCCCUUGGAGCCUUGACCAGUGGGAGUGUUGUGGGAAAUUAGUAAAGGGUCAGCGGUCCAGAGGGACUUGUGGCAUUGGGAAGUUGGCGCGCGCGUGGCGCGGCGCCGGAUGGAGGCAGAUGGCGGUGUGGUGUCUUGAUUGGACUCAGAGGUGGCUUGCACGCGGAUACUAUCUAAGGCUCUGGUUUCGUUCACUCUCUCCCUCUUCUUUAACACACACUCAAUAUCUAUCUCGCCCAUUCGCCUGCUACAAGUUGAUUGACCUUGGCGAUACUCUAUCUCACAAUAGGUUAGUUGUAAUACAUUAACACACACUCGAUAUCUAUCUCGCCCAUUCGCCUGCUACAAGUUGAUUGACCUUGGCGAUACUCUAUCUCACAAUAGGUCAUCUAUCAACGCCGCGUAGCUACAGCGAAUCUUCAUUCAUUCAUUGGUACUCCAAGUCCAAAUCCACAACAGGUUAUGAGCCUAACGAGCAAUUGCUGCUCUUGUUGGCAAGACAUCUGCGGUUCGGAUCCCGCCCGCUGUAGCAAUCCAUUGUUGGGGGAUGCGUCCCAAGAGGUGAAAAAAGUUCCUCUCCUUGUGCUACAUGCAAAGGAUGCAAUAAUGUGUGAUUCAUGCUAGAAUCAGUGGGAGUGUUGAAAGAGGAUUCGGCGCAUGCAUCUCUUGAAGGUGCCUUCACUUUUGGUGUACUGGUUAAGGCGACCAGGAUGGUUUUGCAACAAACCCGACCUCGCUAAUCUACGACAACGCAUGGUUAGUCUCGUGGCCGCGGGGGACGAGAGGUUCGUUCCGAGCGUCGCACGUCGAACGCCCGUCAUUCGUGUCGUUGGAGCACAUGGAGUCCGGCCCGGCGAUCACCUCGAUCACCUCUUGGCCAGAGCGACUCAAAUCGGCAUGUCGGGUCAAAAACAUCCCUUCCUCUCCGCGCCCUUGCGUGAUCAGUGGAAAAGGUUGAGCUUGAACUACACCAUUGCGCGACUUCGACGCGUCAUCAACCAUCGACGCUUCGACGACACGGAACACCCUGGAGCACUCUCCACACCCAGAGAAAGGAGAUUCUUCUGGGCGUCGUUCAACACCGGGCCCGCCACGAUCGGCAAGCGCGAGGCUCACUUCAAGCUGGCGCAUCAUUUCGCGCCCACGCGAAAGUGCCAGUUUGUGCAGCGGCAUGGCGACUCAAUCUGCGUCCAUGUGCAGGCAUGCAGCCUGUCAGGAGUGGAGGAUGACUUGAAUCGCUUUGGCAUAAUUGCCCUAACUGUUCUCGAACUUGGUAAGCCGCUAGGUUCAAUCUCUGUGACGUGCUGGGAGCCGUGUCGAUCCUCGACCUCAACCUACGCAGCAUUUCAAAUCGAGCACGGCCUCCCUCGACUGCGCGCUCGCCUUCCGACGUCGAAAAAGCCGCUCAAUCCGCGCCUUCAUUUCGCUGGCGCUCGACACUCUCAGCAGCAGAUUCUGGAAUCUUCAUCGUGA